AUGCUGUCGCGUCAAUUGUUAUUGUCGCUCUUUCUUGCCAGCAGUUGCGCGCUGGCUGAUCCCAAUCCCCCUCCAGUCCCGGACUACGAUGUGCUGCAGUAUGUCGAUCCGCUGAUCGGCAGCGCCGAGGGAGGAAAUGUCUUCGCUGGCGCCUCGCUGCCGUAUGGCAUGGCCAAGGCCGUCGCCGACACGGAUUCGAUUUCUAACCAGGGUGGCUUCACCUACGAUGGUAGCAAUGUCACUGGCUUCUCCAGCAUGCACGACUCCGGUACUGGCGGCAGUCCCUCACUGGGCAAUUUCCCUCUUUUCCCCUAUGCAAAAUGUGCUGGCGAUGACGUGAACGGUUGCGUCUUUCCAAAGAAAUCGCGGAAGGCCAAAUAUACGCCGGGGUCGGUCCAGGCGAGCCCCGGAUACUUUGCCCUGUCGCUGGCCUCGGGGGUGCGUGUCGACAUGACUGCUUCCCAUCAUACAUCCCUGUUUCGCUUUCAUUUCCCCAUAGAAAGCAGCCCUCUGGUUCUGUUGGAUCUGUCGGACCUCUCGGAUUCGCGGCAGGACAACGCAACUAUCUCGGUCAAUGCAUCGACUGGCCGCAUGACCGGUGGUGCGCGGUUCUUGCCCAGUUUUGGAAGCGGUUCAUAUACGCUGCACUUUUGUGCGGACUUCAAAAGUACUGGGGCAGUCCGGGAUAGCGGCAUCUUUGUUGACUCCCGUGCUGGCACCGGUGUUCAUGACUUGAAGAUCUCGCGAAGCAUCAAUGGCUACCCACUUCCGGGUGGCGGAUUUUUCCGUUUCAAGUCUCCACCGGACGGCACGGUUUUAGCUCGUGUCGGCCUCAGCUUCAUCAGUUCGGAGCAGGCAUGCUCGCAUGCCGAGACGGAGAUCCGUGAUUUUGACUUUAAUGCGACACACAAGACGGCCGUGGAUAAAUGGACAGAGAAGAUGCGUCCGAUUCGCGUGUCGCGGAACGAUAUUAACUCGUCUGUCUUGACCAACUUCUACAGUGGGAUUUAUCGGACGAUGGUGAAUCCUCAGAACUACACCGGCGAGAACCCGCUGUGGAAAAGCUCGGAGCCCUACUUCGACUCAUUUUAUUGUCUCUGGGAUUCUUUCCGCUCCCAAAUCCCAUUCCUCACCAUCUUCGAUCCCAGCUCGGUGGCUCAGAUGAUUCGCUCUCUGAUUGACACACAGCGCCAUCUUGGCUGGUUGCCAGACUGCCGCAUGUCGCUCUGCAAAGGAUAUACGCAAGGUGGAUCGAAUGCAGACAAUGUCCUUGCAGAUGCCUAUAUCAAAGGAAUCAGGGACGGUAUUAACUGGGCAGACGGAUACGCAUCCGUCAAAAGAGACGCCGAGGAGGAACCAUUUGACUGGUCUAGCGAGGGCCGCGGUGGGCUGCGCAGUUGGAAACAGCUGAACUACAUUCCCGUCGAAGACUUUGAUUACUUGGGUUUUGGCACCAUGACUCGCAGCAUCUCACGCACGCUUGAAUACUCCUAUAAUGACUUUGCCAUCGCACAGAUGGCUCGAGGUCUCAACAAGACAGACGACGCAGAGCGCUACGAGCAGAACUCGCGGUUCUGGCGUAACCUGUUUAAAAAGGAUCAAAAAUCCUCUCUAAACGGUUCUGACACUGGCUUCCAAGGCUUUUUCCAGCCCAAGUAUCUCAACGGGACCUGGGGGUACCAAGAUCCUCUUGCUUGUUCCAACAUCGACACGAGCCAACGCGCGUGCUCGCUCCAGAACAAUGCUGCUGAAACCUUUGAAUCCAGUAUUUGGGAGUACCAAUUCUUUGUUCCGCACGACAUGGCCGCCCUCGUCACGCUCUUGGGAGGCCCCUCGAACUUUGUCAACCGUCUAGACUACCUGCACGACAAGAAAAUCACCUACAUCGGCAACGAGCCCGCCUUCCUCACCGUAUACCAGUACCACUACGCCGGCCGGCCCGCCAAAUCCACCGCCCGCGCCCGCACCUACAUCCCAGACUCGUUCUCCCCAACGCCAGCGGGACUACCAGGUAACGACGACUCGGGUGCUAUGGGCUCAUUCGUCGCGAUGUCGAUGAUGGGCCUGUUCCCCAACCCGGGCCAGAGCGUGUACCUCAUCACGGUACCCUUCUUCGAGUCCGUGAGUAUUGUGUCGCCCCUGACAGGAAAAACGGCUACCUUGCGCGUGGACAACUGGGACGAGUUCAAUGCCCCCAAUAACACCGGGAACAGGGGGUAUGUCAAGUCUGCAACGCUAGACGGCGUGCCCUACACGCGCAAUUGGGUCCCGCAUGAUUUCUUUACGCAGGGCUGGGAUCUGGUUCUUGUUUUGGGUCAUCAUGAGAGUGACUGGGGCACGAAGCCUGAGGAUCGGCCGCCUUCUUUGAGUGCAUACUCGUCGGGGAAUACUGGGUAUGGCCAUUUGAUGGAGCAGGCGGUUGAGAAUCUUGAUGAUGGUGAUAAUGAUUCGGCUGCUGGUGCUCGUGUUGGUCGGCAUGCGCUGCAGCAUCAUCAACAUGUUAAUAUGGCUCCCGAUGGCGGGCACUGGCGGAAGGGUUGGGGUGGUUGA